AUGUCCGCCGCUCAACUAGACGACAAGAUAGGAUCCGGCGAGGAAAGCGUCGUGGAUCAUACCGCCCAAAAUGACAACGACCAGGUGAUCAAUCGGGAACUGACGCCUGCCCGAGCCAGGCGAUUGUUGUUGAAAACGGACUUGGUGGUCAUGCCUUUGGCGGUAUUGAGCAUGACCCUCGCAUUUUUGGACAAGAACGCGCUCGGAUACGCAGCCGUACUCGGUAUCAAGACCGACGCCCAUCUGCGCGGCCAACAAUACUCCUGGCUUAGCAGCAUCUUCUAUUUCGGAUACUUGGCCAUGGAGUUCCCGAAUCUGUGGCUCAUGACCAAGCUGCCCAUAGGAAAAUACGUCGGAUCUUGUCUUACAAUAUGGGGCGCCCUCAUCUGCGUCAUGGCAGCGUGCCACAAUUUCGCCUCCCUAGCCGCCGUUCGCUUCCUCCUUGGUGUUUUUGAGGCAGCCAUCUUGCCCUGCAUGAUGCUUCUCAACUCAAUGUGGUACCGUCGCGAGGAGCAGCCUCUUCGAACUGCUUUCUGGUAUAACACGUUUGCAGGUGUCUUUGGUGGUAUUCUAUCGUACGCCAUUGGAAAGAUUGACGGUCCCCUUUCGACAUGGCGUUAUGUCUUCCUGAUUUAUGGCGCAGUGACUGUAUUCUGCGGCGGUUUAUUUGUAUUGGCCAUGCCCGACUCUCCGUCCACAGCAUGGUUUUUCACGGCGAAGGAAAAGGAAUUGGCUGCCGUUCGGCUUGCUUCCAAUCAGACAGGCAUCGACUCGAAGAAGGCUUUCAAACUUUCUCAGAUAUGGGAGGCUGCUCGAGACCCCAAGUGCCAUUGUAUCUGGAUCUGCGCCCUAGGCUACGCUGUAGCCAACGCUGGCAUCACAAACUUUAAUCCUUUGAUCAUAUCUGGUUAUGGUUUCAGCAGUACUAAAACGACACUCAUGGCUACCCCGCAAGCCGCUGUAGCCAUGGUCAGUCAGGCCAUCCUGACAGCCAUCACAUUCUUCGUGCCGAACCUGCGCUGCAUCUUUUGGGUCAUGUCCUCGCUAAUUGGUCUGUCUGGUGCUCUUAUGGUGCAUCUCCUUGAUAUUGAGACGCAGCGCGAUGCUUCCUUGGCUGGAGUGUAUCUCAUGGGCUUUUAUAAUGUGCCAUGGGUCUUUAUGCUGAGUCUGUCAUCAUCCAAUACUGCCGGAGCCACCAAAAAGAGCUUCAUGGGCAUAUCUGUGGCGGUCGUUUAUGCCGUUGGUAAUAUCAUCGGACCGCAAUUCUUCCUCGAUGAACAAUCACCGACUUAUCCCCUAGGAAUCGGGGCCAUGCUGUGCGCCUUUGCCGUCAUGGCUGCAGCUGGUGUGGCAUAUUAUGUUCUUUGCGUGUUGGAGAAUAGGCGGCGCAACAUGACACAUGGGCUACCGGAUGCUAGCCAAGUCACUGACUUGGACGCAGGCAUUGAUGAUGUCACGGAUGGGGAGAACCCUGUGUUUCGAUACACAUACUAA